AUGCCACAUAUCAAUCGCCUAUCUGAGCUGCCUUUCAGUGCCACCUACCAGUGCCACCUAUCAAUGCCAGUCAGUGCUACCUAUCAGUGCUGCCAAUCAGUGCCAGUCAGUGCCGCCUGUCCGUGCACAUCAGUGCUGUCCAUCAUGCCAGUCAGUGCCGCCUAUCAGUGCCAUAUAUGAGUGCUGCCUUUCAGUGCCCAUCAGUGAUGCCUGUCAAUGCCCAUCAGUGCCACCUACCAGUGCCUGCUCAUCAGUGCCACCUAUCAGUGCCCAUCAGUGCAGCCUCAUUAGCGCACAUCAGUG